AUGUCGGCACCUACAAUAGAUCUCACUGCGCCAAACGGCACGAAGAUCAACCUGCCCACUGGUCUUUUCAUCAACAAUGAGUUUGUGAAGGCCUCGUCUGGCUUUAAAAUCACUGCCAUCAACCCGAGCGAUGAGUCCGAAAUCGUCUCUGUCGAAGCCGCAUCCCCAGAAGACGUCGACAAGGCCGUAAAGGCUGCACGUGCCGCCCUCUAUGGUCCCGGCUGGGGCGACAUCUCCAACACCGAGCGAGGCCAACUGAUCUUCAAGCUGGCAGAUCUUGUUGAAGAACACCAAGAAACCAUUGCGACUCUGGAGACUUGGAAUGGCGGAAAGCCCUUCAGCGUGGCUGUCGGUGAGGACCUCGCUGAGACGAUCGCCACCUUGAGAUACUACGCUGGAUGGGCCGACAAGAUCCACGGCGAGACAAUCCCAACAACACCACAGAAGUUCGCUUAUACACUCAAGCAGCCAAUUGGUGUUUGCGGUCAAAUCAUUCCCUGGAACUACCCAGUGAUGAUGGCGGCUUGGAAGCUCGGCCCUGCUUUGGCUUGUGGUAAUACUGUGGUUCUCAAGCCUGCCGAGCAGACUCCUCUUUCUAUUCUUUACUUCGCUACCCUGAUCGAAAAGGCCGGGUUCCCGCCUGGUGUUAUCAACAUUGUGAACGGAUUCGGAAGAGAGGCCGGAAACGCCCUCGUCUCCCACGAGGACGUCGAUAAGAUCGCCUUCACAGGUUCCACUGCAACUGGUCGUCAGAUUAUGAAGGGGGCUAGCGUCAACCUCAAGAACAUCACCUUAGAGACCGGUGGCAAGUCACCCCUUGUGGUCUUCAAGGACGCGGACCUCGACCAAGCCGCCAAGUGGGGACAUGUCGGCAUCAUGAGCAAUCAAGGCCAGAUUUGCACUUCGACGUCCAGAAUUCUUGUUCAACAGGAGGUUUAUGAGGAGUAUGUCGCACGAUUCAAGCAGAUCUGUCUCGAGAACAAGGUUGGCGACCCCUUCAAGGACGACACUUUCCAAGGUCCUCAGAUUACCAAGGCCCAGUACGACAAGGUCUUGGGAUAUAUCCAGUCGGGUAAGGAUGAAGGUGCCAAGCUAGUUACGGGCGGUGUUCCCCACAAGAAUGUUGGUGAUGGUAAGGGCUUUUUCAUUGAGCCUACUGUUUUCAUUGAUGUGAAAAAGGAUAUGAGAAUCUUCCAAGAGGAGGUCUUCGGACCUUUCGUUGCCAUCACGCCCUUCAAGACGGAAGAAGAAGCCAUUUUGCUGGCUAACAACACGUCUUACGGUCUUGGUGCGGCGUUGUUCACCCGCGACAUUGAGCGCGGCCAUCGGGUAGCAGCUCGCCUGGAGUCCGGCAUGGUGUGGAUCAACAGCUCGAAUGACUCUGACAUUCGCGUUCCUUUUGGUGGUGUCAAGCAAAGUGGUGUCGGUCGCGAGUUGGGGGAGGCAGGCCUCGCAGCCUACACACAAACGAAGGCUGUGCACUUGAAUAUGGGAACGGUUCUGUAG